UUGUGUGUGUGUGUGUAGUACAUAUUUCUUUAAAAUCCAAUUUAAAUAUUGUUCGAGCUAUCGAUCGAGAUCUGUCGAUUUUUUCCGUGGUUCUACGCAAUUAGGUAGAGGGCGCGAAAAUUUCAGUUUUCGUGAUACAGAACCUCACAUUGGUCUGUUAUAUAUCUCAUCUUACAUGUAUUAAAAUUUUAUAAACUAAGAAUAAUGAGUGGUGGAGUAGUACCCAGCAGAUCCACUGUUUAUAUUUCAAAUUUACCUUUUUCGUUAACAAAUAAUGACAUACAUCAACUUUUGCAGAGUUAUGGAAAGAUUGUGAAAGUAACAGUAAUGAAAGACAAAAUCACACGACGAAGUCGUGGUGUUGCAUUUGUGCUAUUUCUUACUUCAGAAGAUGCUCUCUCUUGUGCAAAAGGUUUAAAUAACACAGAGAUAGGAGGCCGUACAAUUAAAAGUUCUAUAGCAGUUGAUAAUGGACGUAGUACUGAAUUCAUUCGCAGGAGAGAUUAUCCAGAUAAAUCUCAAUGUUACGAAUGUGGAGAAGAAGGUCAUUUGUCAUAUAACUGUAGAAAUAAUACAUUAGGACCAAGGAACCCACCAGUGAAGAAAAUUCGCAUUAGAAAGAAACACAAAGCUAAUAAUGGUCAACACUCAAGCGAUUGCAACAAAAAUAGUGAAGAUGAAUUAAUAGAAGAAAAUUGGGAAGAUGAAGUAGAAACUUUAAGUGCUGCUAUUGCAUUUGAGCAAAAGCAAAAGGAAUUAGAAAAUAGUCAAAGAUCAGGAUCUAAGGGAUUUGAUGAAGAAAAUCGAUUAAACCAAAAACCAGGGAAACGAUAUAAGAAAAACCAGUAUUUCAGUGAUGAAGAAGACAAGAAUAUAACCUUAAAAAAUAAAAAAUAAUGCAUUGAAUACAAACGUUUGCACAUAAUGUCUGGUUUGGGAUUAAUAAGUACCUACGUUUCUGAUUCUGAAGAUGAUGAAGUUGAUAAGGAUAGCAUUGAAAAUAAAACCAAUGAAGUUUGUAAGCG